CAUGUGAUACUCUCUGUGUGGAUCCUGUCUGGCAGCUGGACAAGUUUACUGCAGUUUCUCGAGUCAAAAGUUUCUACUUCUGUUCAUUUCUUUGGUUUUCAAACCAAACUCCACCAUGGCGGAUCUAAGUUUCGUGAUCUCCAUGUCUGUGAUGACCCUGUUUUGGGGUAUUGUUGGAGGAGUAGUGCCCUGGUUUAUCCCUAAAGGACCAAACAGAGGAGUUAUAAUCACAAUGCUGGUGUUAACUGCAGUUUGCUGCUACCUGUUCUGGUUGAUAGCAAUCCUGGCCCAGCUGAACCCACUGUUUGGGCCCACACUGUCCAAUGAUACCAUCUGGUACCUGAACUAUCACUGGCCUUAAUUUACCCUUCCAGGACUCCUGAGCAUGCAAGAGAGAGGACCUGACACUGCUGCAUACCAAUGGAUGUUUGCUGCUCACUGCCUCAGAGUGAGCAGAGAUUAUUCCCCCCCCCCGACCUCUGAGAGAUCUCACUGAAUGUGCUUUACUCCGAUUGAAGCAACCGUCACUUGUUGUGUUGUUUGGUUUAUAUAUGAUGUAUAUUGUGUUUAUUGCUUUUGUUAAUAUAAAUGACCUUGUCUUAAAUAGUUGAUGUUUUGUCUGAUGUGAUUUCUCUUCGUCUGGUAUUGUUAGUGAUGGAUGUAAUUAAUUUGAUAGUUGUUCAUUAAUAAACUAAUAAUCCUGUCCA